CUCAAACUGCCCCACCAGCCGUCGUUCAAAACCCACCAGCUCAACAACCUCACCUCCUCCACCUCAGCGCAUCCCUUCACACCCUCAUAGCUGCACGCCACCCUGCACCUAUCAUUGACUACUGAUUAAGCGCUCCGUGGCUCGACGUCGCUCCAACAUCCCCUACACUACACAUCAGACAUCAUGGCUCAAUCCGGUGUCUCCGUCUCGCCCGAGUGCAUCACCGCCUUCAACGAGCUCAAGUUGGGCAAGUCGACCAAAUGGAUAAUCUACAAGAUCAGCGAUGACUGGAAGGAGAUUGUUCUGGAGGAGUCGUCCAAGGAGAGCGACUACAACGUUUUCCGCGAGAAGCUGCUGAGCGCGAAGAGCAAGGACCGCCGCGGCAAGGAGGGCAUGGGCGGCCGUUACGCCGUGUACGACGUCGAGUAUGAGCUUGCGAACGGAGAGGGCAGCAGGAGCAAGAUUACGUUUAUCAGCUGGACGCCGGAUGAUAUGUCGAUACACCCCAAAAUGAUGUACUCGUCCUCCAAGGAAGCUAUCAAGCGCGCUCUCAACGGCCUCGCCGCCGAUAUCCAGGCCAACGACGCCGACGACAUCGAGUGGGAGAACGUCAAGAACAUUGCCUCCAAGGGCCGCUAAACGGGCCUUUCCACGCGUCCUUGUCUGCUUGUCUGUCGAUUUGCGCGCGGGAUUUGGUUUCUAGCAAGGACACGAUGAAACGAGGUCGAUAAUCUUUUGG